AUGAUCCCAACACGGAGUCUGGCUGCCCAGGGCGGCUUCUUCAAGCGAAGCGCCGAAGAAUUCAGCCGCCUCUCAAAGAUAGCUUGGAACACCGAAGCCCUUCAUACCCCGACCAAGCCCUACGUCCUCUUGAACUUUGAAGAUGCAUCCGAAGUCGAGGGCUGCAAGACGAUGGCCGACCGUGUAGUCGGCGGAUUCAGCACGGCGAGCUUGGACUUUGAACCUGCGGAGCCUGCGUCGAAUACCCCUGCACAUGCGCGCUUCCAUGGAAGUAUCUCCACCAAGCUCCCGGCGAACUGGCGCGUUGAAAGGACUGGAUACGCCGCAUUCCGCAACCGAGAUCGCGGCUUUUGGCUCUUCGGUCGUCUUUUCUGGGACGUUGAUCCCUACGCUUACCUAGCCCUCCGCAUCAAGUCCGACGGUCGUCGGUAUACCGUGAAUAUCCAGACGGACUCCAUCGUGGAAACAGAUAUCCACCAACACAGACUGUACACCCGCCACCACCGCGUCCACGGCCAAACACCAAUGCAACAAGCCCUGCGCUCCAGAUCCUCCGAAAACGCCGAUGUCGAGGAAACGCUGUAUCCACAGGGUAUCCCCGAUGCUCUAUCCGACUUCCCGCCCGAAUCAACCAUCAUCUCCUCUUCUUCUAGCGUCACAACUGCCGGUACGACGGGCUGGGAGACUGUCAUGUUGCCAUUUAACUCGUUUGUCCGGACGAAUCACGGAUACGUGAUGGAGCCGCAGACGUGUCUGCUUCGCUCGCGGGUGAAGAGUAUUGGAAUUGGUUUGACGGAUCGUAUUGAGGGACCGUUUGAUCUGCGCAUUCAUAAGGUCUGGGCGACGAAUGGGAUGGGUGAGGCUGAUAUUGAGGAGGAGAGGAGGAUUUGUGGUGCGGAUGCGUUGCCUAUUGAUGAGGGUGUGAGGUCUGGGUGGACGGGUAAGAAGGUGCCCACGGAGGAGGUUCGGCAGAAGAGCUCUUCGACGAAAGAAAAGGGGUUGAAGGGGUUGAAGUCGGAAUGGGAUGAGUAA